AUGUGCACUCAAGUCAGGGCGCUGGCCAGGGGAUUGCAGGUCUGCGACUUUUGUGGGAAGUGCGGUCUGCUCCCCGACACUCUGUUUCACAGGCUCUGGGCGCGCGUCGCCACCCAGGAGGAAAAGCUUCAGGAGGUUAAGGAGGAGGUCGCCGAUGAGGCGCUCGAGGCCCUCAAUCAGAGCUCACCUGAUCUUACCGCGUCCAAGAUCGACGUGGCUUCGGCGCGGUCGGCGGCGCUCAAAGAGGACGUCAAGGAGCUGCAGGCCAACCUGGCCACGCUGGCGAAGGAGCAGGCCGAGAUGGACAAGAUGCGCUCCUCCGCCCACGCGAACUACCUCCAGGCCAAGUCCGACCUCGAGGCCGGCCUCCAGGGCGUGCGCCAGGCGCUGAGCGUGCUGCGCGAGUACUACGGCGGCAGCGGCGCCGCGAUGAUCCAGGGCAGCAUCGGCGACGCGAUGUCUCAGCCCGCCAAGCCUGAGUACCACACGGCUGCCUCGGGCGCCGGUUCGGGCAUCAUCGGAUUGCUGGAGGUCGUCGAAUCGGACUUCGCCAGCGGCCUCGCCUCCGAGGAGACGACGGAGUCCGACGCGCAGACGCAGUACGAGAAGGUGUCACAGGAGAACGCCAUCACCAGGACCACCAUGAAUCAGGACGUGACCUACAAGACGAAGGAGUUCAAGGGCUUGGACAAGGAAUUAUCGGAGUUGGUCUCCGACCGUGAGACGACGAACACCGAACUGGAGGCCGUCCUCGAGUAUUACUCCAAGAUCAAGGAGCGCUGCAUCGCCAAGCCGGAGACGUACGAGGAACGCAAAAGGAGGCGCGAGGCGGAGAUCCAAGGCUUGAAGGAGGCCCUGGACAUCCUCGAGUCGGAGACGGCAUUCACCCAGCGCACCAGGAGGGCUGGCCAGCGCGGUAUCUUCCUCGGCCUCAGCAAGUAAGCGCAGCCGCAGCCUGAGCAUCUCGGCUCCGGCACCGACGCCGUGGGCAGGGUUUGCCGAGGCGACAGCGGCGGACGCAGAAAGAAGCC